AAAGAGUGGUAUUUAGACAAUUCUUUUACACCAGGAUCUAACCUUGAUUCCUCUGCAGUUUCUUCCCUGAUGGAGGCAACAGAAAUAGGAGAAUAUCUACUCAGUCCUAUGGUUUUGAGAGAUGACCCUAUUGGAACAUAUGCUGCAGCCUAUCUUGGUUGGAGUUCAGACUGUUCUGAGGCCCCUGUAACUCUCCUUCGAAUGGACCAGUCUGUAAUAUCCUGUAAUCUAGAGAGCACCUGUCGUGGUUUGAGUUGUGCAUUAGACGUACCAUUCAUUGGUAAAACAUUUGAAUUCUAUAUGAGACUAGAGCAGUGUGACUACAUGUUGAAAGUUGGAAUUGAACGUCAACAAUAUGAAAGAACACUUAAAGGAUAUCAAUGGGGAGAAUGGACACAUGUUGACCUAAAUGGAGUUUUGAAAAUGAGUUUUGUUCUCCAUGACUUGUAUGCUGAGCCUGCAUUCCUGAUUUCUAUGAAACUGAGUUUAUGUUGGGAAGCUAACCAACCAUGUGAAACUGUUUACAAUAUCUUUGAUAAAGUCAGACUACCAAAGAAAGUUUGUAACUGGGACAAGAAGUUCCUACAAAAUGGUAGGUGCUCAGGAAAGUGGGUAGGAAAUAAAAUAAAAAGAGAAUGUUAUGUCAGUAAAUUGGAAAAGGAAAGAAAAAAGAAUUAAAAGUCUUCAUGCCAGUCUCACAAAUUUUUCUAUAAACUGAAAUGAUUUCAAAGUCACUGACAUUGAUGGGAAUAAGUGAUUGAUGUCUUCCCAUAUAUGUUAUACAUGUUUAUGUGUCUCGGCAU